GUUUUUGCAUUGUUUAGACUUGGCUUCAAGCCUUAUCCAACUUCCAAUUUUAUUCCUUACUCUUACGCCAGAUUCCCGGUGUACGAUGGUGCAAGGUAUAAUAGGAAGUGAGCUUGUUAAGCUUAUCAAGAGCGACAAAGUCCCAGACAAAGAUUACCUUAUCGUAGAUGUUAGAGACGAUGAUUGGAAGGGAGGAAAUAUCAAAGGCUCCCGAAAUCACCCAUCUCAAAAAUUCUUGUUGGAGGUUGAUGACCUUGUCGAGGGGACGAAGAAUGUACCGAUUACGAUCUUCCAUUGUGCACUGAGUCAGGAGCGUGGGCCAAAGGCAGCCAGAAUUUACGAAGAAACUCGCAACGCUUUGCAUGAUACGAAUCACACUGUGUACGUCCUUCAAGGGGGCUUCGUCCAAUUCGGGCAGUCGUACAAGAUAUUUAAGGACGAUCCAGAGUUGGUGGAAAACUGGAGAGAGAUCAUUUGGUAG